AUGACUGCAGAGGUAGAGUGGCCGGGCCGCUGGGAUCAUGUGAAAAAAAUUCUGGAACGAACGGGACCUUUUGCGCAUCCAGACUUCGAGCCGUCGCCUGAAACUUUGGUUUUUCUCAAAGAGACCUGCAAGAUUUUGGUGAUUGGAGCUGGAGGCCUGGGAUGUGAGCUGCUCAAAGAUUUGGCAUUGAUGGGGUUUCGAGAUAUUCAUGUAAUUGACAUGGACACUAUAGAUGUCUCGAACUUGAACCGGCAGUUUCUGUUCCGUGCCAAGGAUGUUGGGAAACCAAAGGCGGACGUGGCUGCAGCUUUCAUCAAUGCCAGAGUGCCAGGCUGCAAGGUGACCCCAAACUUUGCCAAGAUCCAAGAUUUUGAUGAGUCCUUUUAUAGAGGUUUCCAUAUAGUUGUAUGUGGUCUGGACUCCAUCAUCGCACGACGCUGGAUCAAUGGGAUGUUGAUCAGUCUGCUGAAGUACGAGGACGGAGAACUGGACCAGUCCAGUCUGAUCCCCAUGGUGGAUGGAGGAACAGAGGGAUUCAAGGGCAAUGCUAGAGUCAUCCUGCCUGGCAUCACUGCCUGUGUGGAGUGUACGCUGGGCCUCUACCCACCUCAGGUGAAUUUCCCCUUGUGCACUAUAGCACACACGCCCCGAUUACCAGAACAUUGUAUUGAGUUUGUCCGCAUUCUCUUGUGGCCUAAAGAGGAACCAUUUGGAGCUGGAGUGCCUAUAGACGGCGAUGACCCCAAGCACAUCAAGUGGAUCUUUGACAAGUCCCAGGAGAGAGCUCACGAGUACAACAUCUCAGGUGUCACCUACAGGUUAACACAAGGUGUGGUCAAGCGUAUCAUGCCAGCGGUGGCAUCUACCAAUGCUGUGAUAUCAG